AUGUCACUUCCCGAGAAGGUUUUGAUGCGGAAAAUCAAGAAAAGAGAAAAAAGAAAACAAGAGCUGUCCGAAAAAGAACCUGAGACGAAAAAAGCCAAACAAGACCCACCCGAAAAUGGAGAAAAUGGUCAUACCGAAAUUGAAGCAUUGCCAGGAUCCAGUUGUGCGCUUCAAGUUGAAAAUGACAAUGCCUUUACAUCGCUGGAAGGACAUGUUUGUGAACAAACCCUCAAAGGAAUUGCUGACAUGGGCUUUACGAAUAUGACAGAAAUCCAAGCGCGCUCCAUUCCCCCCCUCCUUGAAGGCCGCGACCUUGUUGGUGCAGCCAGAACAGGUUCCGGAAAGACUCUGGCUUUCCUCAUUCCGGCUGUGGAGCUCAUAUUUAAACUGAAAUUCAUGCCCAGAAAUGGCACUGGUUGUAUUAUCAUAUCACCGACUCGUGAGCUGUCAAUGCAGACCUUUGGAGUUCUGAAGGAGUUAUUGAAGUACCACAAUCAUACAUACGGUCUGAUCAUGGGAGGUGCUAAUAGAACAACAGAGGCUCAAAAAUUGUCGAAGGGUGUGAAUAUUGUUGUUGCAACCCCAGGACGACUCUUAGAUCACCUACAGAAUACGCCUGAUUUCUUGUACAAAAAUUUGCAAUGCUUAGUCAUUGAUGAAGCUGAUCGUAUUCUUGAAGUUGGGUUUGAAGAGGAGCUCAAGAAAAUUAUAUCAAUUUUACCUCAGAGAAGACAAACAAUGAUGUUCAGUGCCACAUCAACAGAAAAAACUGAAGCAUUAAAGAAGUUGGCUUUGAAGAAGGAGCCUGUUUAUGUUGGAGUUGAUGACUCUAAAGAGAGUGCAACAGUAGAUGGAUUAGAACAGGGAUAUGUAGUGUGUCCAUCUGAAAGCAGAUUCUUACUCCUGUUUACUUUCUUAAAAAAGAACCGCAAGAAGAAAGUAAUGGUAUUCUUCAGUUCGUGCAUGUCUGUCAAAUAUCAUCAAGAGUUACUCAAUUAUAUUGACUUACCAGUUCUAGCCAUUCAUGGAAAGCAAAAACAGGCUAAACGAACUACAACAUUUUACCAGUUCUGUAAUGCAGAAACAGGCAUCUUGCUCUGCACAGACGUUGCCGCCAGAGGGUUAGACAUUCCUGCUGUUGACUGGAUUGUCCAGUUUGAUCCCCCAGAUGAUCCCAAGGAAUACAUACACCGUGUUGGUCGAACGGCUCGAGGACAGGGAAGCUCUGGUCAUGCUCUUCUUAUUUUGCGUCCAGAGGAGUUGGGUUUUCUUCGAUAUUUGAAGCAAGCUAAGGUGCCACUAAAUGAAUUCGACUUUUCAUGGAGCAAGGUAGCGGACAUCCAGCCCCAGUUGGAGAAAUUAAUUGCAAAGAACUACUUCUUGCACCUAUCAGCAAAGGAAGCGUACAAAGCAUAUGUUAGAUCAUAUGAUUCCCAUCAGCUUAAGACUAUUUUUAAUGUUGAAUCUUUAGAUCUGGCCAAGGUGGGUAAAUCAUUUGGCUUUACAGUUCCCCCUGCAGUCGAUCUUAAAGUCAAUAGUCAAAACUGUAACCGUCCAAGGAAAAGACUUGGUGGUGGCGGUUAUGGUUACUUCAAGGAGAUGAAUAAGGACAAAAAAGACAAGACCUUCUACAAACAAGUAAAUAGAUCUAAAGGUCCCAAAAAAUGGUAAAAUAUGUGAGGUGGUGGUCCAUUUAUGAUAAUAUCAUCUGGCACCUUCCAAGAGCUAUUCUUACCUAGGUAUUUAUAUUGAUCAAGGUAUGCAAAAAACGAGUGGCCGCUUUACAACUUUGGUUGUAUAAAAGUUUGUCUUGUUUUAUCACAUAAAUUGUGUGGAGAUGUGUUCAACUCAGUUUAUAUUCUGUAAGGAAUUCAUAAGUGAAAAAUUGAUUGUGCAGAAAAAAAGAUUCAAUCAAAUAAUGUCAAUGAAGUUUGUAUAACAGUUUUAUUAUAUAAAUAUUUACUCAAAUUAAAUAUAAAACACAUAC